UUUUUUCUUUUUUCCAUCCCUUGGUUUCCGCGUUAAACAAACCAAGCAGCUCAUGAAGAAAACAACAACAACGAAAAAGCACUGAAAAAUUAAAGAAUCAUUCUUCAAUUUUUAUUUUUCUUCCAAUUCUAUCAAAUCAGAUCUCUCUUCAAUUAUGGCUUCGAAACGCAUAUUGAAAGAGUUGAAGGACCUCCAGAAAGAUCCUCCUACCUCUUGCAGCGCCGGCCCUGUCGGAGAGGACAUGUUUCACUGGCAAGCUACAAUAAUGGGCCCUCCAGAUAGUCCGUACGCGGGGGGUGUAUUUUUAGUCACUAUUCAUUUUCCUCCAGAUUAUCCAUUUAAACCUCCUAAGGUUGCCUUUAGGACAAAAGUUUUCCAUCCAAAUAUUAAUAGCAAUGGCAGUAUAUGCUUGGACAUAUUGAAGGAGCAGUGGAGCCCUGCCUUGACUGUUUCCAAGGUUUUGCUUUCAAUCUGCUCACUCUUGACGGAUCCAAACCCUGAUGACCCCCUGGUACCUGAGAUUGCUCAUAUGUACAAAACAGACAGGGCUAAAUACGAAUCAACUGCCCGGAGUUGGACCCAGAAGUACUCCAUGGGUUAAAUGUUAAAACAUUUCCUAUGAGCGUUUGAAUUUAUGUAUAAAGAUUGAAUUUGUCUGUCCUCUGCCUUCCAUCAACGUAAGUGUAGAAUAGCAUUAAACAAUGCCUCUGGAGGAAAGACAUGAUUUGAAUUUGUUUAUAUAGAUACCAAUAUUUGAAGAAAUCUGGGAAGUGUUUAUUUACCUGGUUUAGGAUUGUAACAUUUGGUUUCAACAAUCUAUUUCAUAUAAAACUGUUCGCUACUUGAUGUCUUCAUAAAUUCGAUACUGUCUUCAUUA